GGAUCGAGACCGACCGAGAUGAUCCUUCUACUGAGAACGAAAAACGGUAGAAAUACGAGCGCGUCGCUGGGAAAUAUCCGAUCUGACACGAGAACGAAAAGGAAGACGCGCCCGUGCGCACCAAUGGCGGCCACCGACCCUUAUUUACUCAAGUCAAAAUGGCUGCCCUUCGACUUUUCACACGCUCGAAACUUUCCACGAUUAUCCUCUCCUAUUCUAGUGAACUUUAUUCAUCAAACGGAGUUUCGCCAGUUAUUACUCAGAAAAGAUGGAGCUCCUACAAUAGUUCACCCAAAUAUAUAGAUCCUUCCAACUAUACUGAUUAUGAAGUAUCAAAAGAUCCAAAAGAAUGGGAAUAUGUAGAACGUUUACUCAAACCAAAAGUCAUACCUACACCUUACCUAGAAAAGAAGGAAUAUCCAUCUGGAUGGAAACCACCUGUUGCCAAACCACAUGAAUAUCCAUACUAUAUACAACGUACAAAAAAUUAUAUGCAACCUGUUUAUCUUGAAAUUAGUCAACGAGGAUUACGAAGAUUGACUGUUGUUCGUAAAAUUCAUGGAGAUAUUUGGGCAUUAGAAUCUGAAUUAAAGGAAUAUUUACAGGAAAAGGCAUGCAGACCAAUUGGUAUUCGUACAAAUGAACUGUUGGGACAAAUUGUAUUCAGAGGAGAUUAUGUAAAUCUUGUUAAAGCAUGGAUGGAUGAAAAAGGAUUUUAAAUAUUAUAACUUGUUGUAAACAAGCGAUUUUUUGUAAAUAUAAUAUAAAGAACAUUUUGUUAUUGUAAUUAUUUGUUGAAACUUGAAAAUAAAUAAUUGAAACGAU